AUGCCUGAGGCCGUCCUGGUGGACCUGGUCCCGGUCUGUGGUCCGGGCUGCAGCGGCGCGCCCCCGCUGGAGGACCGCGCGUCCCCGUGUCACGUCUUCCUGCUGUGCGGGGACCACCUCCCGGGCGCGCUCCCGAGCUCGUGCCUGAGCGUGCACGUGCUGGCCUCGGGCUGCGCCGUGGAGCGUCUGUACCGGUUCAAGCAGGGCCUGGACCGGCUGGGCCUGAGCUCGGUCCGGGUCCUCACCACCCCGCGCCGCCGUGAACAGCUGGUUCUGCUCCAGCAGCAGCUGUUCACGGCCGCCUACACCUUCCACUACCGCGUGCACGAGCACACCUGUCCGCGCUGCGCAGGCCCCGCCCCCUCGCUCUCACCUGCUGAAGGAGCCGGCCUGGAACAACAGGUGUCGGGGUUCCUGCAGCAGCUUCCGGCUCUGAGGGGACCUGUAGGGUCCUGUAGGUCUCUUCGUCCUUCAGACUGCUUCGGUCACGGCUUCAGUACUCGUUCCGGCGGCAUCUCCUACAUCCCGACUCUGUCCUCCCUGAACCUGUUCCACAGCCGGAGGAGGAGAGACCCGCCGGCCGUGGUUCAGGAGAACCGACGUCGACUGGGCCUCCAUGCUGGAUUCCACCCGCAGCCUCUCCGUCUGGUCAAGGUGGACCACGGCAGCCAUGUUUGGGUUGUGGGGAGGGCGGAGCCUGAGAGCUACGAUGCCAUGGUAACCGAUCAGACCGGCGUGGUCAUAGCGGCGCCGGGAGCCGACUGCAUGCCCAUCCUGUUCGCCGACCCGGUGUCAAAGGUCAUCGGAGCCGCUCACGCAGGUUGGAAGGGCACGCUGAUGGGCGUUGCCAUGGCGACGGUGGGGACCAUGGUGAAGGAGUUCGGUUGCCGGGUGAGUGACAUCGUGGUCGCCGUGGGACCGGCGGUCGGAGGCUGCUGCUUCACUCUGGACAGAGAACAGGCACUGGACUUCUACCGGGUCCACCAGGACUGUGUCCCCGAUCCAGAGUCCACCAGACCACAUGUCAACAUCCGCCUCGCCAACAGAGUCCUCCUGCAGAGAGGAGGCGUCCUCCCUGAACACAUCCAUGACGACACGGAGACGGAGCGCUCCUCUGUGACGCCCUGCACCUCCUGUCACCCCGAGGACUUCUUCUCUCACACCAGGGACGGACUCAACUUCGGCACCCAGCUGGGCUUCAUGUGGAUCAGGGGGACGGACUGAGGGGGACGGGGGGACAUCAGGGACAGCUGGUGGGACUGGUGUUAUCUAACAACCAGUAGGUAGAGGACAUCUGGAGGCUUCUGGAGACAUCUGGAAAAACCUGGAGAAAUAUGGAGACACCAUCUCUCAGGUGAAGAACAGAAAAUAAACCCCUUUAACUUUCAAAAUAUAAAUAUUCCAGUGAAGGAAUGUUACUAAGUACUGCUUGAUUUAUACUUUAGCUUUAAUAACUUCACAGAAGUAGAUAGAAAAACUUCAAAAUGAUCUCCAGAUAUUAGUACAUUUACACUGUGGUGUAAUAGUGUGGUAUUAAUACUUUACCGUAACAGUAUGUGGAUACAGUGGUAUCAGUAGUUUUACUGCAGUAGAGUAUUUUUUCCUGUGUGGUAUUAGUACUCUUACUGCAACAGAAUAUUUGUACACUGUUGUAGUAGAACCUUUAUUGACCAGAGUAUUUGUACACUGUGGUAGUAAUCAUUUUACUGCAACAGAGUAUUUGACCUGCAACAGUAACAGUACUUUUAGUGCUCUUAAUGUACUAAUACCCCAGUAAAGUCAUUUCACAGUACUAGUACUAGUGGUACUUCUAAUACUCCCUCCCCCACUGUUGAGUGUGAUUCUCAAUAUUAAAGUGAAAUAUAUUCAUAUUUCCUCUCCUGAUGAAUAAAAGCUGAAACAUCUGUUUCACUGAUUAAACCAGAUUAAUUUUAAUAUCAAUAAAUGUAAAGUGACUGUUUAAGUUCCAGCUGAGUGAUUUUAUUUAAGGACUAAUUAACAUCAAGGAGCAGUUCAGGGGCAGCAGCAGACGUGGGAAAUACGGACGCUGUGGAUUAAUCAGUGUAUUUAUAACCGACAUGUUCUCUCUUA